GGUGUCCCAAAACCUUUGGCAAUAUAGUGUAUAUAGAAAUACAAGUUUUAAUCAAUGUUCUGAAUUACAUGUUGUAUGUUCUGCAAAGCCAAUGAUUAAUAAUUAGGCCAACAGAUAAAACAUUUCAGCGAUGGAGUAUUUUAGCAGGUUUAAUAUGCCUAUGAAAGAUUUUCAGGGGUUAAUAUACUUAAUAAAGCUAUGAAGCAAAAUAAUAAUAAUGAUAAAUAAUAAAUGAAUAUUGUGAAGGAAUCCCUAAAUAAAUAAAUUCUGUUUUAUAUCUUGCUGUAACCAGUGUUUUGCUCCUGUACUGCAGGUGGCACCAGAGCACAGUUUUGUUUGUUUUCGACGAAGAAAUUUGAAAAUGGCGGCGGAGACUGAACUGAAGUGUCAAAAUGUUCAGCUGUUUUACAGCUAUUUUUGUUUUUUUUUUUGUUUUGUUUUUGUGUUUUAGCUAACCAGUAACAGUCUUGUUCAUAUUAUCUCUAAAGUAAAAGUGAAUAGCUCCAGCUGUUGUGCUGAAGAUGGAGUCCAGUGGACAGGACAGCAUCCUCUCCAGAGUGGCCCUCAAUGACAACAAGGCAGGCAUGCAAGGUCUCGACAAGGACAAAAUCAACAAGAUUAUUCUCGAAACGUCCAAGGGAUCCAGAUUCUAUGAGAGCGAACUGAAAAAGGAGCGUCAGGUGAACCAGCGCAUUGAGAAGUUGAUGCGGUAUAAAGCUAAGGUUACUGAACAGCAGAUAGAGAAAGCACAAGCAGAGGUGGAGAUGCUAGCAGCUGAUCUGGAAAGGAAUUGUGACCUGGGGAGGGUGAUUGUGCAUGUGGAUAUGGAUGCAUUCUAUGCUGCUGUGGAGAUGAGAGACUGUCCAGAACUGAAGGAGAAACCCAUGGCUGUGGGAUCCAUGAGCAUGUUGUCCACUUCAAACUACCAUGCCAGGAGGUACGGUGUCCGUGCUGCCAUGCCAGGCUUCAUUGCUAAGAAGCUCUGCCCAGAUUUGGUCAUUGUUCCACCCAACUUUGGCAAAUACAGAGCAGUGAGUGAACAGGUGCGCGAGGUGUUUGCAGACUAUGAUCCCAACUUUUUGCCUGUGAGUUUAGACGAAGCUUAUCUGGAUAUCACUGAACAUCUGCAGCAAAGGCAGCACUGGCCUGAGUCUAUGAGAACACAUCAGAUCUGUGAAGUGAAGACCACUGGAGUGAAAGAGAUGAAUGAACCUGAGACCCUGUCCCCUGUGCUGUUUGAGGACAGUCCAAGUUCCUCCCCUGUUGUGCCAGGGACUGAUCAGAAGGUGGAGGUAUUUGGGACAAGUCCUGAAGAAGCUGUAAGGGAGAUGCGCUUUCGUAUCGAGCAGAAAACAAGACUGACCGCAAGCGCUGGUAUUGCACCGAAUAUGAUGCUCGCAAAAGUGUGCAGCGAUAAAAACAAGCCCAAUGGUCAAUACAGAAUUCUUCCCGAGAGAAAGGUUGUGAUGGACUUCGUUCAAGAGCUGCCCGUUCGGAAGGUCUCUGGGAUCGGAAAAGUGACUGAGAAGAUGCUGGCUGCAUUAGGAAUCAUCAGUUGUUCCCAGCUUACACAGCAGAUGGCGAUGCUCUCAUUGCUCUUCUCUGAAACAACCUGGCAUCACUUCCUCCAGAUUUCCCUCGGAAUGGGCUCUACUCACAUAGACAGAGAUUCUGAGAGAAAAAGCAUGAGCACAGAAAGGACAUUUGCAGAGAUGAGCAAUGUACACGAGCAGUAUUCACUGUGCAGGGAGCUUUGUCACGAUUUGGCAAAGGAUCUGCAGAGGGAGGGCCUCAAGGGUAAAACUGUCACUUUAAAACUGAAGAAUGUCAACUUUGAGGUGAAGACCAGAGCGUUCACGUUGCAGUGUGCUGUGUGCUCUGAACACGAGAUUUUUGCUGCUGCUAAGGAGCUUUUGAAAGCUGAGAUUGAUAAUGUCACCCCUCUACCCCUGAGGCUGAGAUUAAUGGGUGUCCGGAUCUCAAGCUUCGUCAAUACUGAUGAUAAACAACCCCAGCAGAAAAGCAUUAAGGGGUUUCUGAAGAUAGCCUCAGACUCAAACAGUUCAGUCCAGCCAUCCAAAUCAGAACAAGUCAGUGAGUUAGGUUCCAGUGUCAGUUCAAUAAAGGAACAGUGUCCCAAGACCAAAAGUCCUGCAUUUAUAGGACAGACAUCCAAGCCAUUCAGUAAGUGGCGGACCGAAUCUGGCAGCACAGCUGAACCUCAGCAACAGACUUUUUUCCAAAAAGCCCAUGCAAAGAGGCUGCAAAAGCAGCAUGAACAAGAAGAAACAUCUGGACCAUACACAGACAAAAUAUUGAAAUGUUUACCCACAGCCUCAACAAAUAACUCAGUAGACAAAGCAGAAGAAAAUCAGACAUGCACAUGGAUGAAACCUCCCCAUAAAGAUGAAUCUGCAUCCAAAGCUGACUCCAGUUUGUCCAGAGGAUCAAAAACACAGUCUUCAAAUAUGCUGCAGUGUUUUACAUGUCCUGUGUGCUUUAAUCAAAUAGAAACUGAAAACCUUACAUCAUUCAACCAACAUCUAGACGAAUGCCUUUGCGGUGAUCUGGACAAUAAGAGGACAUCCGGAGAUGGAGGUCAAGAUGUGUGUGAGGAAGAGAAUCUAUUGAGCAAGCAGGAUGAAGCAAUAAAAGAUUGCUUUCGUCAUAAAGUCACAGAUUUAAGUUCAGCAAGCAGAAAUUCACCAUUGAAACGAAAUAAUGAAAGCCCUUACACCAGCUCCUCCACACCAGUUUUUAAAAACGGUGCACCUUCAGAUUGUAGAACACCAUUUUUUAAACAAUUUAAAAGUGCAAACGAAAAGCGUUCUCUCGUGCCUCGUGAAGACAGGAGUGAUUCCCGAUCUAUGGCCUUCCACAAAACAGCUAGCUCAGUUGAAGUUAUUAGUGAAUCAUUGGACACAAAAGUCUCCACCUUGACAUGUCCAGUGUGCAAUCAGGUUCAGGAUACUGAUGACCUCGUUCUUUUCAACCAUCACGUGGACAUGUGUCUUAACCAGGAAGUGCUUUUGGAGUUUACAGAAGCUGUUCCUCCAUUGGCUCAGUCAGAAUCCAAAGACAAAGAUCGUGACAAAUCUUCUACUGCAAGAGGAAAGAGCAAAAGACGAGGAUCGUCACCACCUCCUCCACCAAAGAAAACCAAAGCCAUCAGCACAAGACACACCAUUGAUCAAUUCUUCAGGGGAACCAGCAAUCAGAAAUUGUAAAAUGCUGCCUCUUAACUCUUGGUGUUUGUAUCUGC